AUGGUCCUGUUCGCUAUCAUCAAGAGUGCUAGAUUAAGAAGUAUGACAAACUUUUUCCUGGCGAACCUUGCUGUGGCUGAUUUCUGUGUCGGUUUAUUCUGCGUGUUGCCCAACUUAUAUAGGUUUCUUACACUGACAUGGAAUCUCGGACGGGUGAUGUGCAAACUGUACUACUUUGUCUGGAAUAUGUGUUACACAGCGUCCAUAGUUAUACUGACGGCCAUCGCGGCAGAACGUUACAUAGCAAUCCGGUAUCCAUUACGAGCACGUCGAUUCUUCACACUGCGCAGACUCAUCAUUGCUCAAACAAUGAUCUGGACGAUAGCAGGCCUGUACAACAUCCCUUACUUGUUUGUGUUUGAUAUUGUUGGUGGCAGCUACUGUUUUUACGAUUACACUAUUAUUGACAUGAAGGCAUUAACAACUGUAAAUUUUAUUGUCUGGUACGCCAUUCCUCUUAUCGUUAUGACUCUUAUUUAUUCCAAGAUAGGGACUGUUCUUUGGUUUGUUGGGGCAUCAAAGAAAGUACCUGCUUUAGAAAGAAGAACUGUCGAACAACAGGAAGAUUCUCAAUCACAUUACACAAGCAGUUCCAACAGUUCAGAUGGAAUUGUGCAACGAUUCACAUUUAAAUUACACCGAUAUACGCCGAAAACCAGGAUGCUUGUACAUUGCGACUGUGCUAGCAAGUUAUCUAAUGAGAGUUGCAGGAGCUGUAUUCAUAAUGGAAAUGUUAUGAUGAAAUCGUCUAGCUGUCACCGGAAGGACAGCCAAGAAACUUGUUUCUGCAUUGAUCGCAAUAUUCGUAAUGAAAGUUCGUCCUGUUCAGGAAGACCUGAAGGCAACAGCAAUUGUGCGUCGUCAUCCUCACACCAGUGUGUAAACAUAGAGCUUGAGUAUAACAUAUGUGGAAGACAGUCGCCAUCCGGUAAACAUUUCAAUGGAUUCCCAGUUCGAAAUAAGCGGAGUUCCAGAGAGAGUUUGUCAUUUCGACCUCGUAGUCACAUGGUGACAACUCCAACACGCAUGAACUCUACGCGUGCCUUGCGGAACAGAAGGAAGGUUAUUCGCCUCCUCGUCACUGUAGUGAUUUCGUUCGCCGUGUGUGUCCUACCACACCAUAUCCGUCUGCUUCUUAAAUAUUGGCAAAUACGGACACCUGGUAAUGGAAGCAUUCUUUCUCUUGUGUCUUUUCUCAUUCUCUACCUUAACAGUGCAUUAAACCCUAUACUUUAUGCACUGUUUUCUGCUAAUUUUAGGAAAAGCUUUAAAGAAAUUGUUCCAUGUAAGAGACGUUUUUCGUCCAAAGGCUUUCACCAAGAUACGAAAUUUGGCAGUUUUUGA